CUAAGCCCCACCAAACGAAAGAGACAGAGUUCUUCUGCAGAGCAUUUUCCAUGGGCUUUUUCUUUUUUCCUCUAAGCUGAGUUCUUCUUGUUUGGUAGGUCUUUGCAUAACGAUGGAGAGAGGGGUACAGAGAUGGGUUGUGGACAUAUCAGGGUGGGACCCAUCUCCCCAAGAUUUCUCCUUUGCUCUCUCUGUUCUUCCUUCAGUUGAGCAACCUUCUGUCACCAGAUUUGUACAGAUGGGAGACAGGAAGCGGGCACUUGUGAGCCGGCUGCUUCAAUAUGCUCUUGUAAAUGAAGUUUUGGCAAUUCCCUAUGAUGAAAUUAUCAUUAAGCGCACCUUGGAAGGCAAACCAUAUCUGGAAUGUGGUGAUGUUUGCACAGAUUUUCCCAAUUUUAAUUUCAAUGCAUCUCAUCAUGGUGACUAUGUUGCUAUAGCGUCCGAACCUUUGUGCCUUGUCGGGGUGGACAUUGUUUCCAUAGUCAUUCCUCAGAAAGAGACGGUUAUAGAGUUUAUUCAAAACUUCUCCUCAUACUUUUCAACUUUUGAAUGGGAUAGUAUAGUCAAUGCUGGCACAUCUGAUGAUAUUCUGAUUGAGUUUUACAGAUAUUGGUGUCUGAAAGAAGCUUAUGUCAAAGCGAUUGGGAGUGGAGUGGCAUAUGGUUUGGACAGAGUGGAAUUUCAUCACAGUUGCUGGACAAACAUCUCUGUUAAUGUUGAGGGGAAGGCUAUGAAAGAAUGGCGCUUUUGGCU